AUGAGGGAAGCAUCGAGCCGCCUGUGCUCUGUCACCCGGCCCAUCCAUGCCCGCGCAUGCAUCCCGCCCCCCACUCCCUCACCCUUCUCCUCCCUCACCCUUCUCCUCCCUCACCCUUCUCCUCCCUCACCCUUCUCCUCCCUCACCCUUCUCCUCCCUCACCCUUCUCCUCCCUCACCCUUUCUCCUCCCUCACCCUUUUUCCUCCCUCACCCUUUUUCCUCCCUCACCCUUUUUCCUCCCUCGCCCUUUCUCCUCCCUCACCCUUUUUCCUCCCUCACCCUUUCUCCUCCCUCACCCUUUCUCCUCCCUCACCCUUUUUCCUCCCUCACCCUUUUUCUUCCCUCGCCCUUCUCCUCGCUCAUCCCUCCCUACUAUGACCCCUGACAGGGCGUUGAGGGAGGAGGUGGCGGCGAUAGCGGCGCUGAAGCAGGCCAUUCGAGACAAGCUGCACGUGCUGCAGGUGGACGAGGCAAGCAUGAUGGAGAUCCUUGUGCAGGCGGACGCCCCUCCCAUCCCUCCGCCAUGGCCCCCAUGGCCCAUUCCCAAGCAGGUGGACGAGGCGAGCAUGAUGGAGAUCCUUGCGCUGGCGGACGCCCAGCAGCCGCCGCUGCUGAUUCCCAUGUCCCCAUUGCCAUGUCCCCAUUGCCAUGUCCCCAUUGCCAUGUCCCCAUUGCCAUGUCCCCAUUGCCAUGUCCCCAUUGCCAUGUCCCCAUUGCCAUGUCCCCAUUGCCAUGUCCCCAUUGCCAUGUCCCCAUUGCCAUGUCCCCAUUGCCAUGUCCCCGUUGCCAUGUCCCCAUUGCCAUGUCCCCAUUGCCAUGUCCCCAUUGCCAUGUUCCCAUUGCCAUGUCCCCAUUGCCAUGUCCCCAUUGCCAUGUCCCCAUUGCCAUGUCCUCAUGACCCCAUGCCACCCAUGUCCCCAUGCCACCCAUGUCCCCAUUGCCAUGUCCCCAUGACCCCAUGCCACCCAUGUCCCCAUGCCACCCAUGUGGACGAGGCGAGCAUGAUGGAGAUCCUCGCGCAGGCGGACGCCCCACCCGCCGUCAGAGCAGCCGCUGCUGCUGCUGAAGCGCACAUGCACAGGGGCGCUGGGGGAAGUGGAGAUGGGGGAGGGGGCGCGGAUUGGGGCGGGGAAGAAGGGGAGGGGGCGGGGGAGGAGGAAGGGGAGGAGGAGAUGAGUCUGGACGAUCUGGUGGCUGGGCUGGCGGAGGAACUUGAGAGGGAGAUGGGGGGUGGCGGGGGGCAUGCAGCGGGGAAGGAGUGGGGGAAGGUGGGGGAGGAGGAGGAGGGGGAGGAGGGGGAGGAGGAGAUGAGUUUGGAUGAUCUGGUUGCGGGGCUGGCGGAGGAACUGGAGAGAGAGAUGGGGGGCGGCGGAGGAACUGGAGAGAGAGAUGGGGGGCGGCGGAGGAACUGGAGAGAGAGAUGGGGGCUGGCGGAGGAACUGGAGAGAGAGAUGGGGGGCGGCGGAGGAACUGGAGAGAGAGAUGGGGGGCGGCGGAGGAACUGGAGAGAGAGAUGGGGGCUGGCGGAGGAACUGGAGAGAGAGAUGGGGGGCGGCGGAGGAACUGGAGAGAGAGAUGGGGGGCGGCGGAGGAACUGGAGAGAGAGAUGGGGGCUGGCGGAGGAACUGGAGAGAGAGAUGGGGGGCGGCGGAGGAACUGGAGAGAGAGAUGGGGGGCGGCGGAGGAACUGGAGAGAGAGAUGGGGGGCGGCGGGGGGCACGGGGGUGGUGGGGGGCACGCGGAUGCAGACAGUGGGGGAGGAGGAGCGGAUGAGUUUGGAUGAUCUGGUGGCUGGGCUGGCGGAGGAGCUUGAGGGAGAGAUGGAGGGCGGGCAUGGGGCAUGUGGGCGGGCAUGGGGCAUGUGGGCGGUAGGGGGCAUGUGGGCGGGCAUGGGGCAUGUUGGCGGUAGGGGGCAUGUGGGCGGUCGGGGGCAUGUGGGCGGUCGGGGGCAUGUGAAGGGAUUUGAGAAUCAUGUUGGGGGACACGCGGAUGCAGGCAAUGGGGGAUGGCGAUUGGAGUAA